CAUAUGCGAUCACGUGACCAGAUAUACAUACACGGAAGGAUUGUGGGAAAUUUGGCAGACUGUCCUUGUUCUGUUCUUUAAAGUGAAUAUUAACGUCUUCUCAAGAUGUACAAACAAAUUAUGGGUCUUCGCCAGCUCUCCAGCCGGACCGUCACCACCAGUAUCCGCAGACAAAUUUCUAAUACAGUGAAAGAAAAGCAAAGACUGUUCCAGGAGGAUAAUGGUGUGCCCGUUCAUCUGAAGGGCGGGUCAAAGGACGCCCUGCUCUACAGAGCCACAAUGUCUCUCACUGUGUUUGGGAGUGCGUUUGUUGUGUACGAGCUGUUCAGCGCCGCCGUCCCUAAGAAGUCACAGUGAAACAUCGCCCAUAUGCAUGUCAUUGUAUGACGAUGCAAUUUUGCAAAUGUUGCAUUUAUUUCUUCAAAUCUUUGUUGUGCAGAGACUUAACAUAAUUUCAUAUUUGAAAUUUGAAUAUUUAUGAAUGUAUAAAUCAUAACUUGCAAACAAUAAUAAAAAUACAUUUAUGUUAAA